UGAAACCAGAAGUUCAGUUACCGAAAAUAAUAAUUAAUCAUUAUUACGGAAGAAAUUAUCUAACUCGGUUAAUUGAAUCUCGUGAUAGUAAAAUAGGAAAAUUAUUGACAACAAAUCACUUUUGUAUUUACGUGAACGUCAUUAUUAAUUGAAUGCGAUAGUGACGUAUGCGGUGGCGUAUUGUUCAGAUGUAGACACUAUUAAAUUCGAUAUUAGUUUAGAGGCGUAUUUCCCGGCAUGACGCAGGCCUUCAUUGAACCAAAGGCCGUGUGCGCGAGCGCCGAGCUCAGUGCCUGAGUGAUCUACUCGACGUAUACACGCGGUCAUGGGCCAAAAAACUACGUAACCUCAACAUUAGGUAACGGAGUAGGCGCCGGUGUAACCUAACCUCAAAACAUGGACGCGACGUCAAAGGUGCAACAACCCUGACUCAGCUGACAUUUCGAGUGAGUGCGGAUUUUUGUUUAAUAAUUGCAGUGAACUAACGUUUUGGAGGAAACCCUUAUUAAAAUGCCACAGACGGUGCCCCGGUCUGGGUGCAGCCCGCCAUCGGCGUCCCAGGGCGAGAGAGCAGUGCCAACCUCCCCCGCGGACAUACACCAUCUCCUGCGCCUUCUCGGUGCUGAAUCCCCCCCAGAACCGAUGUUGCACUCCCCUCCCACACACACCAAACCUCCCCCACCAUACCCAGAAGAUAACACAUAUCUCGAACGCCUCUACGACUUCGAAAGCUAUCCUACCCCUUCUCCAUCAUCAGACGAAGGAUCGAUCCCCACAGUGGCGUUCCAACCCCCCUCCCCCUACAACUCCCUGGAGUAUUCUCCAGUCUUCAUCAAAGAGGAACCGCACAACAGGCUCACGGUACCAGGAUUUGCAUCACCCUACCCGUUAUCCCCUUCAGGCUCCUGCGUAUCAUACGGCAGCCACAACCAAUAUCUAUCACCCGUCCCACAACACGAAGAAUACAUUGACAUUGAAGAUUUACUCAAAGAGAAUCAGAUCUUACAAGAAAGUGUUCAACACAGUUACAUAACCCCAAAAAUUGAAGUCGAGGAACCGAGAGAUCACGUUUUACUGCGAUCGGCGCUCGAAGACACGACCUUUCAAAAACGGCUUAAUUUAAGGCCGAUACCCUUAGAAUUAGGCAGUGUUAAGAUGGAAGAAAGUAGUGGAGGCAACGGUGAAGAAGCGCUUGUUACUCCUGACAUAGACCGCGUGCUUUCGAUGGCUAUUGAGCAGUCUAAACGAGACGUGGACAAUACUUGCACCGUACUUGGUAUAUCACCAGACCCUAUGCAAUGGAGUACGAGUGACGUCAAAGCGUGGGUGAUGUUCACACUGCAACACUUCAACCUACCAAUGGUACCUACAGAAUACUUCGCGAUGGACGGCGCGGCACUGAUCGCUCUCACAGAAGAUGAAUUCAACCAAAGGGCACCACAAGCCGGUAGCACACUGUACGCACAGCUGGAGAUCUGGAAAGCGGCGAGGCACGAGAGCUGGAGGAGUCAAUGGACGGAGCACGAACAGCCUUCCCCCACACCCGCACCCCCCGGCCAGCCGUCAGCUGACGAUUUAAGCGAUGCAGAUGAAGAUUCAGAGCCAGCUGGCACGAGUGCGAGUCAGGGAGGCGGCAAAGUGAAGUCGGGCAGCACUCAUAUACACCUGUGGCAGUUCCUGAAGGAGCUGCUAGCAUCCCCACACAUACACGGAUCUGCGAUACGGUGGUUAGACCGAAGUAACGGAAUCUUCAAAAUUGAAGAUUCAGUUCGUGUAGCCAGACUGUGGGGCAAGAGAAAGAACAGGCCCGCGAUGAACUACGACAAGCUGUCCAGAAGCAUCCGGCAGUACUACAAGAAAGGUAUCAUGAAGAAGACGGAGAGGAGUCAGAGGCUCGUCUAUCAGUUCUGUCAUCCGUACUGCUUGUAGAAUCCUUGCAAUAACUUAGCUUUAAGUUAUUUGUAAAUAUUUAUUGUAAAUAAGGGCGUGUGAGAGCCGCGGUAAUGCGGACACCCAGAUGGCUGGUUGGGUUUUACGACGUGCGUAAAACUCGACGCAGUUUCAGAGUUUGUCGAUGUCAUAGCAUCUCAAGAGACGAGUAAACGUCCUCAGAUGUGAAAACAUCGAUCGACACUCCUCCAUAAAAUUCGGGAAAGGUAAUUUUCUCUAGAAUUCUAUUGGACGGAGGAACGGUUGCGUUAGUAUUAAGUUCUUUUUUACCAGUGAUUAGAGGACGGUCAUCGAUUGUUUGAUUGAACCAAUCGUUACGAUUGGUUUACGACUGUCUCUCGAAACCUGGUAAUGUUUAUCCCAUAUAUCUAUGAUAUAUUUCUAGUACGUUCUAUGAACUUUUAGUUAAGCGAUUUGUAAAUAUUAUGUUCGAAAUGUUAUAAAAAUAGAGCAUAAGUUUGCUCGCGUUCUCGUUUUUAAGUUAAUGAAGAGGUAAUUCUCAUUGAAGUAGUUUAAAUUAACUUAUAAAUUGUUGUAAGUGUUUUACGCGUAUUAAUAAGUAAUUUUUAUCAUUGUAAGCAACGUGUGACGUUAGCUAAAAGUUAAUACUGAUGAAGAUUUUAAAUACAUUUGUGUGUGAGCACGCAUAAUGGGACACUUGCAAUUUAGGUGUAAUUAAUUUUAAGUCAUAACAGUGUGACGCCUAGGCCUAAGUUUAAAGAUGGAGACGUUUAUAUGAUGAGAGGAAAAAAUUGAAAAUUUUGUGCCAAAUAGACAAUGACUUCGGAUUUAUUCGGGACAAAAUAUUUUGUAUUACUCACCGAUGUAAACUUGUAAAAAUAAUAUCUAAUUUAGAACGGUGAUGGUAAAUGGGGUCAUAGGUUAGGACUAUCUUAAAACUACGGCGCAGUUAGUGUCGGCAAUACAUUAUAGUGUUAAUUAGAUUAAACUAAUGUAGAUUUUAUGAAUCAUGUAAGUAAUUAUUAUGUUAUAUUAUCAAAAUAAAUGGCCAUUUUUAUAUAAAA